GAGGCCCUAGCUGCCAUGGAGGUGAAGAGUAACGGCAUCAAGAAGGAUGGAAAGGAAGGAGAAGCUCUGCAAGAGGGACAGAGCAUCGUCAAGAAGCAGGUUGUCACCAUGGCGAUGGAGGUCUUUGACUGCCCUGUCUGCUCCACUCCCCUCAGGCCUCCCAUUUUUCAGUGCUCCAAGGGGGAUUUCAUCUGCUCGGCUUGCCAUGACAAGCUCCCAGAAAGCGAACGCACUGCUUCUCAGCGCUGCUAUGGCAUGGAACGCGUUGUGAACAACAUUUUCGUCCCCUGCAAGUAUGGAUGCAGCUGGAAGAUCACCUACUACCAGAAGGAAGGGCACGAGAGGAGGUGCCUGAAAUGGCCGUGCAUCUGCCCGGUGUCUGACUGUGACUUUUUGGCCCCACGCGCGGAGCUCCUUGACCAUCUCACCCGCCUGCAUGAGUAUCCAACAAAAAACAUCAAAUAUUUUGUGCCGUUCGAAAUCCCAGUCCAACCAGGCUCUUCCUGUUUGACAUGGCACCGCCGGAGUCCCUCGGCCAUGCAGUCUCCUUCGUUUGUGUCCAGCGGCCAGAUGCUCCAGGACCCACCAUCGGUUGCUCUGUGUGUUUCUCGUGCUUCAACGGCCAUCACCAGGUCUCAUCGUUGAACAUCGAGAGCCCGUCACAGCCAAUACCACGCUUCUGUGUUGUGCCCAAGGUUCCUGAUGAUGCCAUGCUCAACGUCACCAUUGAUUUGGACUACUAUGAGGAGGAGCACGAGCUGGCAGAGGAGGAUAGCGACAAGGACUAUGAUGAGCAUGAGGAUGAGGACGAGGAGGAUGACGAUGACAGUGACGAGGAGAAGAAGGUGGGCGAUAAGGAUGAUGCGGCUGAUGAUUGCGGUGGUGAUUGACACGGCAUUCAGUCGUACUUUUGGUGUGUUGCUGUUUGCAUGAUGUAGUUUCUGCUUUUGCUCAUGCAUGCAUGAGAUGAACUACUAUGUGCAUCAUAUACUCUAUAGUAUACUAGUUGGUAUGCACUCAAA